UUGAUGCCCCGACAUCCAGCUUCUUUCCGAAAGGACGGACGAAAAAAAAUCAUCCCUUCACUUCCAUCACAGAGCCAGGAGUGGGAGGAGUCAGGCGAGUGAGAUAGUGAUGCUCCAGGCAGGUGCCAACAAGUGAGAGGUAGCUGCAAGACCAAGAGUGAGGGGGAUGGAGAAGAGUCUGUGAGCGGCAGAAGACGCUCAGAGCCGUGACAGAAAACCAACAGCCAGAGUGUUUACAGUUUUCUCUGCACCGUCAGUCUGUCGUGCUCCUUAUCUGUGCUGCCAUGCUGUGUCCUGUGCUGCUUUGUGCCACUCUGCUCCUCCUGACUCCACUGGAGAUCACAGAGUCUCGCGCUCUGCAUCCUUCUCCUGAUGCUGUACAGUUUAUGGAGCAGUUUCUGGAACGUUACAAUGACCUUUUGACCCUGGAUGACCUGGAGAACCUGUUGAACAGUCCAGCAGAGGAGCAGUCCACCCUCUCCUCCUCCUCUGGGGUCAAAUCAGCCGAGUAUCCCAAAUGGGCUGAAGUACAAACGCAGCCGGAGACCCCCUGGCUGCGUCUGCUCAAAGGCGCUCUGGCCAAUCAGAAGCGAGCAGAACCAGACCGGUCACGGAGAGGCUGGAACCGGGGAUGCUUUGGGCUGAAACUGGAUCGGAUCGGGUCCAUGAGUGGACUGGGCUGUUAGUGGAGGAGGGAGAGAGAGAGAGAGAGAAAUAAAGACUGAUGACAUCCUUCUUAGCAGUGGCGUGCACAGACAUUUCAGGGGGUAAGGGCUUCACAAGAAACAAGUUUCUAUAAAAUUACUGUAUAAAAAGUUACUAAAAUUACAAAAAUGUUUUUAGGACAUUAUUAUACGUUUUAAUUAAGAGUUAAUGCUAUGGGCCACGUUUAAAAAAAACAACAAAAAAACAAUAGGUAACAAAUAAAUACAUAUGUUUUUCAGAAGGGGGCUCUUAUUUGGUCAGAGGGCAAAACAGCAGGUGCUUGAGCACCACCUUGAGUCUAUCUGUGCACGUCCAUGCUUCUUAGAUUAUAAUACAGAGAGACACACGCUGCAGUGAAGGAUGGUUACAUGUCUGUAGACUUCAUGUAGUGUGUGGUGUAAACUUGCUUAUGUGGUGUCAUGCAGCGUAGAUCACAUGCUUCAAAUAUUGGUGUGUUCUGUUUAGCAGAGCAGCUGUAGCCUAUUAAAAAAAACUUUAUUCAGUGUUUAUUAGAACAUGUGAGCAGUCAUCUUUACUUGUUGGGUGUGUUUUUUUAGUCAAUUGGCUCUUUAUGUAUCUGUAGUGUUGUCUGUGUACAGUACAUGUGAAGUUGUGUAGACAUGCUGUGGCCAGAGGACUGUUUAAAAUCAGGUGUAACGCACAUGGAUGUCCAUAAAUGGUGGCACCUGCAAUUCCUGAAGAUUGUUUUCUAUGUUUACUUAUGAUUUGCAUGAAUAAAUGGAUUUGUCAUUUGC